AUGACGGGCAUCAGUACCUUUUUCCGCCUCCUCCUACUGACAUCCUUCAUGCCAGGCCUUGUCCCACAGGACACUGUCUUCAACGUCGAGCUGGUCCACCGUGACUCCCCCAAGUCGCCGCUGUACAACAGCUCCAUGACACCCUUUGAUCGCAUGCAGGCCGCCGUCGUCCGCUCGGUCAACCGAGCUAGCUACUUGGACAAGCGCAUCGACAUGAAGACCUCCGAUGACAUAGAGCUCGGCUUGAAGAGCUAUGAUGACGGGGAAUUCUUGAUGAGGUUCACAAUGGGCACGCCAGACUUGCAAUAUGUGUGGGGCAUCGUCGACACCGGCAGCGACCUAAACUGGGUCAACUGCGUUGGCUGCCAAUGCUUCAACAAGACCGCCACCCUAUUCGAUCCUAAUGCAUCCCUCUCCUACAAGAAGUUAUCUUGCUCUUCCGAUGAGUGCAGGAGCUUUAGUCUUGGUCGUUGCAAUGAUGAUCAGAUGUGCCAGUACCAUGCUGCCUACGGCGACGGCUCCAACAUUGACGGAAUCUUCUCCUCGGAAACCUUUAGUUUCAUCUCAUUAGAUACGAAGCAAUUUACCUUCAUUCCAAAUAUGGUAUUCGGUUGCAACUUCCGGUCCUUGAACACCAAAACUAACGACCCCGGUAGCUUCAUUGGGUUGGGCCCCAAUUCGCCGUCUCUGAUGUAUCAGCUCGCCCCUAAGUACAUUAGCAAGUACUUUUCAUAUUGCCUGGGCAUCCUGGAUGAGGGAGUCACCAGCAGGCUCUUCUUGGGACGCAACAACCAGACGGUCAUCGGAAAGAUGACAGUCACUCCACUCAUGACACAAGAUGACUUCUAUGUCGUGCAACUUAAUGCCAUCUCGAUCCCGGAUGAGUUCGACAUCUUCCCUACUGGGAGGUCCAAGUUGAGUGCCGGCAACAUCAUCUUUGACUCUGGCACCGUCAUGACCAUGCUGGACACUCAAGUGGUGGAACAAUUGGUGAGGAAAUUGACAGAUUACAUUAGCUUGCCGACUGUGAAGACGAGCCAAUUGAACUUGUGCUUCAAUGUGCUCUCGACAGAGCAAGAGGAGCUGCUGCCGGGGUUGUGGUUCUCAUUUGCGGGGACAUUGGGGAACUUCAGGGUGAGCCCUGAAAACCUGUUUAGGUGGUAUAGUCGGCAAGUCAAAUGCAUGGUGAUAGUGGGAACAAAUGGUGUACAGAUCUUUGGGAAUGUUAUGCAGCAAGAUGUUUUGAUUGGACAUGAUCUAAAUAAAAUGGAAUUGACCAUUAUAGAGAAAAAGUGCACCGAAUUAUAA